CCAACUCGAGCCAUGAAUGGUGUUGUCCUUGUAAGUUAAUGUAACAUGUCCUUCCUUUGCCUCACAACCAAAGACGUGAGAGGAGGAGGUGUGACGUCCUUCCUUUGGUGGGUAAGCCAAUCCUUGGAUAAAGUCAUUACUGGGUGAAGAAGCUACCACAAGCAUCUCAAACACUUGGUCAUCCAUAGGCCAUGAUUGCUGCACUCCAAAAAGCUACCCCUCUGAUUUAAGACUCACCCACCGCACUUCAAAUUGCUUACCGUUGAAAAGGAGGCUGCAUUCGACUUAGAUCUCCUCCACCUGCCAGUCCUCCAAAGGAGCAAAGAUCCUCUCAGCUACACCGAGUUGUUCAUCAGCUUGGAGCAUGAGACGUGGAGCUGGAUUCGCUCCUGCCUCUUCCAGCCAUGGCAGGACUUUCAGAUCUCUGGAUCUCUUCCUCAGGCUCACAGUUAUUCCCCUCAGUGCUGCCUCCUUGUGGGUGAUGGCCACCAACAAGCAGGCCAACGAUGCCUACGGCAAGGUGGAAUUCAGCAACAUCACCGGACUCAAGUACUUGGUCUGCACAAAUGCCAUCUCCCUCGGCUACGCUGCUGCUUCGAUUCUCCUUUCUUUCCUUGGGUGCUUCGACAGCGACUGGCUUUUCUUCAUCUUGGACCAGGUGUUUGCCUACCUGAUGGUGACAUCGGGAUCAGCUGCGACGGAGGUGAUGUAUUUGGCAUAUCAGGGGGACACGGAAGCCUCAUGGAGUGAAGGGUGCAGUUACUACGGCAAGUUCUGCAGCAAGGGCAAGGCGUCGUUGUUCUUGCACUUUGCGGCGUUCGUGUGCUUCGUGGCUCUGUCACUGCUUUCAGCUUACGAGGUCUUCAGCAAGUAUGAGGCACCUCCUCUUUCUUCCAAAGACGUGGGAGACCAGGCGGGAUAGUCUCGAAAUGUGCUGUUCUACAUGUAUUUGUUCUAUGUUGAUGGUGUUUGACCUCCGAUUGCUCCUCUAGGACAAGUAUAUUCCAUCCAGUUCUUAUUUCCCUGAAAUCACCUGCUCAUUCGUAACUUUCUUUCAUCUACAUGCAUGGAGGAAUGAUGAGCAUAUUUAGUUCUCGUAUCGAUUGAUCGAGGAGUAAAGAAACCAAAUCUUAAAAAGAUCAUCAUAUUCUUAGGUUUAUUAUCAA